UCGUAGAAGGUUCAGUAUACAAUCUGGUUUCGUAGAGCUAACAUCAGCCAAGUUUCUAAAUUUUGUAAUAAUAGAAUAACUUUGGGAUUUUUACACUUUUUAUUUUUAUAUAAAGCCCCUUCGAAUUUAAGUAAUUAUGUCUGAUACAACCGCGUCUUCGUUCAACAUCUCGAUCAAAGAUUCAGGGAACUCUCUCGGGGGAGAGUCUGCAGUCGUUUCCUACAAGAAGUCUAUGAAUGCCAAGAGACCCCAGAGUCCCAACGCAGCCGUUGAUUUUGAGCAUGAACCACCGGAGGUAUCUAUCAUAGACGACGACAUCGAGGACGAGGACGAGGUGGAUGUCGAGGACGAGGUCCCAGAGGUCGAGGCUAUCCAGCCUAACCAGGUUAUCAAGCCUCCCAAGGGAGCCAAGCGGGGCAAGGGUGCCAAGGGUAGUAGGGGAGCCAAGGCUUCCAAGCUGGAUGAAGACGAACGCAUGUACUUGAAGGUUGUGGCUGAUAAAGAGACCGUUCAUCGGUUUCAGAUCAAGAGCUCCACGAAAAUGGCCAGAUUGAUGGGCGCCUACAGCAUACACACGGGUUUGCCCAUUGAGAACUUCAGAUUCUACUACCGGGGAAAGGUGGUCGACAAGAAUGACACUGUCCAGACCCUGUCCAUGCGAUGGGGUGCUGUCAUCGACGCCUUUACCGAUCCGUCGGGAUGGGAUGAUACUUUCAAGGAACUCCUAAAUUCGAUGUAAUUAUUCAACAAGAAUGGCACUGUCCAGACCCUGUCCAUGCGAUGGGGUGCUGUCAUAGACUCCUUUACCGAUCUGUCUAGAUGGGAUGAUACUUUCAAGGAACUCCUAAAUUCGAUGUAAUUAUUCAACAAGGAUGACACUGUCCAGACCCUGUCCAUGCGAUGGGGUGCUGUCAUCGACUCCUUUACCGCUCCUUCUAGAUGGGAUGAUACUUUCAAACUCCUAAAUUCGAUGUAAUUGUUCAAAUUGAAGCACUCUCCGAUGUGAUGUGUGCGAGUAUGAGACCUGAGCCCCCGGUUUUUGGCUUUCACCGAAGGAUGGCCAGAGAAGUCCAGAACUAGCAGAACUUUUGAAUACCCUAUUUGGCAAUUAUAAUAAAAAUGUAAAAUUUCAACAAAUGUACUCUUCCUAUGGGUGGUUAAUAUUAAUAAUAUGACAUAACAAUGGUGUAGUUUCUAUACUAAAGUAGGUUGUACUACUACGUUGUGUACUAAUAUGUAUAGUUUUAGGUAUUAAACCCAUGACCAACUGGUACUCUGAAGGAUACCCCUUCAUAGCUGAUAGUUAUUAAAAACUGAAACCAAGUAGUCUGACCUCCACUGUCAGAACCUGUCCUGCUUCGGAUAACUCCCAUAAAGAUCAGUCUUCAAUCGGUAUUCCUUUCGUCAACAUCCGAAAUUUUAUAAAUUUUUAAAGUUAUUUUUUUGGUCUGAUUAAGUUGAAAGUAAAAGUUUUGUAGAGCUUUAUACCCUCGUUUUUAAUGUCGGAUUUCAGUGCCACGAGCAGAUGUUUUCCGGUGAAGCGGGAUGGGCGCACUUACGUCAAGCUGGUGGAUGACAACGAGCGCCAGAUGCGCUUCGAGAUAAAGGACACCGCCAAGAUGUCCACGCUGAUGGGCGCCUAUAGCCUACAUACGAAGACGCCCGUGGAGAAGAUCCGGUUCUAUUACGGAGGGGUGCUCAUCCGCAGCAACGACACAGCCAGUAGCUUGGAUGUCGCGUGGGGCGAUGUAAUCGAUGUCUUUACGAAGCCUUUGCCGGCACAGAACAAAAAAAAGACUAGAAAGUGCAAAUCCUAAGUGUUGUCCAAAUUCCAUAGUGUCUUCUAUAUAACGAUGGGUUUCCAAGAGGAUCCUAAUUGACUCCAAACACCGAGUGUUGUCAAAAUUAUAUAGUGUCUCCCACAUGACUAUGGGUUUCCAAGAGAACCCUAAUUUAGUCCAAAUCCCAAGUGUUAUCCAAAUGACAUGGAUGAAACGUGUCUCCCAUUUGACGAUGGGUUCCAAGAGAACCCUAAUUAAGUCCUCGAUCUCCCCAUCGAUGGCACGCUCUGCUAAAAGCCCGGAAUCUCAAACGCAUCGGAAUAAAUGUUACAAUUUUCGUAUUAUAUUACGUAAAAUAUACAAAUUUAAAAUUGCGUAAAAAUUAAUUCAUAAUUAAGUAAAAAGGAGCAGUUUGGAACGCCUAGAUGUCCCGGAUACCGGUGCCAUAGUUGGCACCACCGGCGCGGUUCAACGCUUCCCGGAACAGGCCGAUGUCCAGCUCCGUCUCCACGCCAGCCUGCAGCUCCACGGCAAAGUUCUGCAAGAGAUCAAGGGGAAUUUCAAUGUCCAUCCAUCGGACGUGGUGGAGAGCAAGUACUCACAUUAAGCACGUCCUUGAUGAGCGCCUUGUCCGUGGACAUUUUGGCCCGCUGGAUGACGCCCACUUCCUGGCCGAUCCACGUCAGAAAGAUGAACUUCUUGCGCUUGGACAUCUCGUCGCCCAUCUGGAUGCGAAUGUAGCCGAAGGCGCGCUCCGAGUCGCCGAACUGCUGGCGGAACUCCUCGAAGCACUGGCCCCUGGCAUGGACCACGAUCUGGGGGCCGUCGAACUUGAACACCGCCCACUCGGUGUCUGUGAGAUCGGAGCGCACGUCCUCGUAGGCCUCGCGGAUGGAGUCCUUGUCCAGCGAGGUAGCCAGUGGCAUCUGUGGGGUAUAACAACAGCAUUAAUAUAGUAAUUUUAGGAAGUGCUGUCAUGGUUCGACCGAGCGGAUCGCCUCCACCUCCACCUCCACCCCCACCUCCGCCCAGCCGCCCUCGAGGCUGGCUUUCGCUUUCGAUUUUACUCAAUUCGAUCCAUUCCAAUCCGAUUUGAUUUAUUUCCGUGUCAGAGAGAAGCCAAAGCCCCGGCACGCCAUGCGCCGAGUUUCGGGAAAUACAUAGCAACUAUUUGUUCACAUUUUA